AAGAAGUGCACCACAAAUCUUGUCAAUUCCUUCGACUUCCUUUUUCUUCACCUUCAUCUAAUGACUCGACCUUUCACCAUGUUGCCGCCCAUUAGUGCUUGAUCUACGUGCGCUUUUCUUUUGCAUGUUUCCUCGCCUCUCGUUCAUAUCACCACUCUCGCUUUCCCCUCCCUGCCACUCCAAGUCCAAGUAAUACACCAAGACUGUCUAGACACAGACUGAACUAAUCGCCCAUCAUGUUUGGUGGUUUCGGCGCUGCGAGUAAUUACGCCAGCUAUAUCGAUCCUUUCAAAGAACGACCGCAACCCGAUCCCCCAACCCAUGUCGGUCUGCCCAAUUACGCCAGACAAGAAGCCUUGAGAAUCAGAGAUUGGCAUGAUGAGUCGGACCGUCCUGACUUGCGCCGCGACUUUGUGCAAUCGCGCAGGGUCUCGGACAUCACUGCAAAGUUCUACACCGACCUGAACGUUCGUUUCGCAACACCAUGCCCUGUCGACCACUUAGUCCCGACCGACAGUGAGGGUCGCCCGUUCAUGCCGUCCGACGAUGAAGAUUUGAAUCCCGCAAUGGCCGAGAACACCAUGCAGAACCAGGGCAACUUCGUAACAAGAUUGGUCGAGUUGAAGACUGAGAACGACAUCGCAUACCGUACCGUCACUCGCACAAACCUGCCCCAAGGCUUGAACAAGAUCCGUCUCAGCGACUUCCGCACUUUCUUCACUGCCCUGCACAGUAUGAGUGAGCACUGGGAGACGGAUCUUGACGACUACUUUUUCUUGGACGAUGAUGGAAAGAGCGUACGCGACGAAGACCAUCCCGAAUUUGCCGACCAAGAUAUGAUGCUCGACGUGCAAAACAUGGAAGAGGACUCCGUGGACCUCCCUCCCUCAGCGCCGCUAACAUACAGCGAACUCAUUGCAAGAGACCAAGAAUCUCCUCCUCUCUCAAAGAUCCUUUCUCAUGGCUCCGAUGCGUCCUCCGACGACUUCCUACGAGAAUUGUACCGCGGCAGACGUACUUCGACUGGCAGCAAGAUGCCCUGGGUCUAUCGCAUGGACGUGAUCAAAGGCUUCAUGGAGGCCGCCGCAUUUCCCUUCCGCUGCAAGAUCGGUUCGCCGCGCGUACAUCCCACUUUGCUGUUGAGUGGUGUGCGAUUGCCCGUCAACUACCAGUCAUUCUUGAUUCACCGCGUACCGAAAGAGAAGGAAAAGAGACACAUGAUCCAGGGACCGCUCAUGGCCGCUUACGUCCGCAAAGAGUUGGAAGACUUCGAUUCAGGGUCUGAUGAUGAGAUAAGGGACAAGCUACGACUGGACCAGCUGAAGGAGAUUGGCAGUCUUUUACACCUUGCGCAAGAAAGACGGCGACAAGGACGCGAGGAAAAGGUAUGGAUCAAGCCAACACCCAAAAGUGGAAAGCACUGGUUCAGCGAGAUGGCUUCGGACGCAGCGGAGCCAGAGACACCGGAUAUGGACGACGCGAACGACCUCAUUGCAGCAGCAUUAGGCAAGGAGGCUGCUGUUCAUUUUGCGAACGGAAAGAAAAAGAAGAGAACGCAAUACGAGACAUGGAAGGCGAUGGAGCCAAUGCGAUCUCAUUGGGAUCCCAACUGCGACUAUCAAGCUAUAGGCAAAGACGAGGGUAGCGAGUGGGAUACGGUCUACGUGCUUUCUAGCAUGUACUACCAUGUCUCGAUCCUCAAGCUUCGAGUCCACGGCGCCUAUCUCGACUUUGUCGCUACUGGCAAAUUCCCCGAAACCAUACCCACGGAUAAGGACUGGUGCCACCCGGUAUUGCAGCGCUCCAAGUGGUUCGAUUUGUUCAACGUCAAGGACAGGAUAGAGGCUUUCCGCUGCCUCUGGGGUAUCAUGUGUUAUCUGACCAGAUGAAAUUUUUACAAAGCAUGGUAGACGAUUAUGACCGAAAAAAGAUUCGAGUUUCAUCACAAUAUUAGACAGGGUAAAGGAAAGGGUGCAUAUACGGCAUAGCUAUAAAAAUGGAGUUCAUCAUUUUAUCAUUCACUAAA